UACCUCGGUCUAUUCCAGGUCCACAGCAGGAUUUCCCCAGAAUAUAGUCAAUCAGCAGCUGGACACGAGAAGACACGAGAGAGAAAGGGGAGUGGGAAAGAAAAAAAGCUGUCAGAAAUAUUUAUAUAGAGUCGAGCCCUCUCAUUAGCAUUUUAGAAUUGUUUCCAUCGUGACUCUUUUUUUUUUUAUUUUUUGCUUAUUUAUUUUUAAAUUCAUCAUUGUUAUUCCCUUUCCCCCCUUGUUACACAUCCCUGCCCUGUCCGAAGAAGAAAUUAAUCUUUUUAAACAAUUUCCCAUUUUUCUCUCACACGCUUCUCUCGGCGACUCGUAAGACACGGCGAACUCGAGACGUUGGUCGAAGUCGACGGAGCAACCGGCCAGCCAGGGGACAGAAACGCCAGGCGAGCCGGACACUGAAUCGCCGCCCCUAGCCAGCCAAACUCGCAGUUCCCGGGGAGGGGGUUUUAUUUUUUGAAGCGCAGAGGGUUGCAGAGGCCGGAGAAGGGCGAAGAAUUACGCCACAUACGGCUAGGUUCCAUUAUUAUUAUCAAACAGUUUCACUCGCAAAAGAGAAGUGAAGUCAGAGCGCGCAGAGAGAGAGAGAGAGGAAAAGAAGGAAUUAAAUAAAAUAAUAAUAAUAAUUUUAAAAAAAAAAAAAAAAGAAGCAAAAAGCAAGGAUGUCCCCUCCUCCCCCGCGUCCCUCUCUCUCCUUCACUCCAUCCUCAUCCUCCCCUUCAUCCUCGCUCUCGCUCUCCCAUCGUCACUCUUCCAAAGCCACCUCCUCGACCGCACUCUCCACCGCCCAGUCUCGUCUCUCAACGAUAUCAAAGCACAUCAUGGCGUCCUCGUCGUCGUCGCCAUCCAUCUUCACGGCCAAUGUCGUCCCCAAGGCCCCCGAGGAUCCGCUCUUCGGCCUGAUGCGGGCGUAUCGAGCUGAUCCGUCGGACAAGAAGGUCGAUCUGGGCAUCGGUGCGUACAGAGACGACAAUGCGAAGCCCUGGAUCUUGCCGGUCGUGAGAAAGGCCGAUGAAGCAAUCCGCAACGAUCCCACCGUCAACCAUGAAUAUCUUCCCAUCGCCGGCUUACCAGAUCUGGCUCCCGCCGCUCAGAAGUUGAUCCUGGGAGCCGACUCUCCCGCCAUCACAGAGAAACGGGUCACUACCUUCCAGACCAUCUCCGGCACCGGAGCCGUCCACCUCGGCGGCCUCUUCCUCUCCAAGUUCUACCCAGCCAACCCCAAGCCAGCCAUCUACCUCUCCUCUCCAACAUGGGCCAACCACCAGCAAAUCUUCACAAAUGUCAACCUCACCACCGCCUACUACCCUUACUACUCCGCGCAGACCAAGGGCCUCGACAUCGAUGGCAUGCUCGCCGCCAUCCGCGCCGCUCCACAGGGCUCCAUCUUCGUCCUCCACGCCUGCGCCCAUAACCCCACCGGCGUCGACCCGACCCAAGACCAAUGGAAACAAAUCGCCGCCGCCAUGCGCGAGCGCAACCACUUCCCCUUCUUCGACACCGCCUACCAGGGCUUCGCCUCGGGCGACCUAGCCCGCGACGCCUGGUCCAUCAGGUACUUCGUCGAGCAGGGCUUCGAGCUGUGCGUCGCGCAGUCCUUCGCCAAGAACUUCGGUCUGUACGGCGAACGCGCCGGUGCGUUCCACUUCGUCUCCGCACCGGGCCCACACGCCGCCGAUUCAACCGCGCAUAUCGCGAGUCAGCUGGCCAUCCUCCAGCGCUCUGAGAUCUCUAAUCCGCCCGCGUACGGCGCGCGCAUCGCCUCGCUCAUUCUGAACAGCGAGGAGUUGUUCGCCGAGUGGGAGGCGGAUCUGCGCACGAUGAGCGGACGGAUCAUGGAGAUGCGUAAGGGGUUGAGGGAGAGGUUGGAGCAGAAGGGUACUCCGGGAACCUGGGAGCAUAUCACGAAUCAGAUCGGUAUGUUCAGCUUCACGGGGUUGACGGAGCAGCAGGUGGGAAUUCUGAGAGAGAAGUGGCAUGUUUAUAUGACCAAGAACGGGCGUAUCUCCAUGGCUGGAUUGAAUACGCAUAACAUCGACUACUUCGCCGAGGCGGUUGAUAGCGUUGUCAGGGAGACUUCGUCGUAGACCCUCGAGUGCGGACGGUCUUCUCCCUUUUUGUACUGUAGUCUUCCUUUUUCCGUCAAGAACUCGCAACUUUGUACUCCGUACUGCAUGUGAAAAUAAACGCAACAAUCUUGUGAAGAAAGAAUUUGCAUACUUCAAAACAUUUCUAGGGGGUUGUUGGCAUA